AUGAGCUACCCUGGGGUGCCACCAGGGGGCUCUGAUGAGCCAGACAAGAGGGAAGCAUCAGACACGCCUGUAGAAGAAGCAGCAUCAGAGUCUGCACUACCACCAGGGGGCCCUAAUGAGCUGGAGAGGAGGGAAGCAGUAGCAUCAGAGGAGCCCCUGCCUGGAGAAGAUGCAACAGAUAAGUCUCUACCACAAGGGAACCCUUUGGGGCAGGAAGAAGCAGCAGCAUCAGAGGAGCUCCAGCCUGGAACAUGGCCUCAGGUGCCUGGAGAGGAAGAAAGAGUCCAGUCACAUGGAGAUCUGCCAGGGGUUCAGGCCCACACAGCAGAUCCAGACAUGCAGAAGAGAGAUCUGCAGGAGACACCAGAGCCAGGCACUGCAUACACCUACAGAACAUACAGCCUCAGCACCUACGGCAUCAGGAGAACCAAUCACAACAAGACCCACAGCAUCAAGAUGUUCAGUCUCAGUCCCGUUGUAAAGAGCACAGAAGAGAGCUGGAGUUCUUCUGCACAACUGACCAAAGAGCAAUCUGCUCACACUGUUUUCUGUUUGAACAUAAAGACCAUGCCAUUGAACUGGUAUGCCGUAACCUGGAGACAAGUUCCAGAACAGUACAACAGGACAACAUCAAAUUGUCAAGUGGAGGUGACGGGUCUUCAUCCACGAGAGGAGUACCACUUUAGUGUGGCCACCCUCAGCCAAGAUGGCCGCCAGAGCUCAUCUGUGGAGAGAUUCAUACACACAGAGAUUCCAGUCCCAGAGAGUCUGGCUGUGAGCUCCAUCACCGGAUCAUCUGCUAGAAUCAGCUGGAAGGUGCCGUCUAAGAUGCAGAAGACUCCACACAGUUUCCUGGUGUCGUACCAGAGAGAAGGGAGUGAGCCAAACUACAUCUCUUCCAAGUCUUGCAACACAGUCAUAACCGGCCUGACACCAGGGACUGACUACACUGUUCGAGUCCAGACUGAGCUCCAACACGGAGGGAAAAGCCCGCCUGCUUCUCUUCAGAUACAUUUAGGAGUCCCCCUGUCUGAUCUGCUGUCUGCCGUGGGCCUGAGCAAUCUGCAGGGAGGGAAGCUCACUCUCAGCUCAGUCCUGGAGAUCAACAGUAACAUGCUGUGCGAUACACCAGCACAAGGUUCACAGCAACUAUCAUGGCUGUUCUUAAAGAAACUCAUGAUGUCCAACCUAAAUGCAAGAAACCUACAAUGUGACCAACUAAUGCAUAUGUCUAGCUCUACGAAUGUUACUGAGGAUUCUUAUGAUGCUAUGAAUCCUCUAGAUUUGAUUACUGCUCUCUUCCACUGUGCAGAUCCUUUCCUGCAGCAGGAAAUAGUCUCCAAAAUGUUUAUGUGCCAGUUUGCUGUUCCGUUGCUGCUACCAAACUGUGACACACAACAGAGCACUCUGAUGCUGUGGGCCAUGCGGGAUCUAGUUAAAAACUACAAGGCUCAUUAUUCAUCAGAGGGCAGGAUUGUGGAGAUGGAAAUUGCCAUGGUGUCUUUCGUUAGGGUAGGUGAGAGCAGUUUGUAUAAAUCUCAAACACUGAAUAAAUUGAUCAGUAAUUCUUCGCAACCCAAUGAACCAUUUAUCCAUCAUGAUAUGCCAUGUGGUGAUGUGCCCAGGAGAAUCUCAGAUGGGCUGGUUGAAGUCAGCUGGUAUCUGCCCUGUGGGAACAAAAACAUUGACAUAUUCACACAGCCAGUGGCCGUGGCCAACCUGAGAGGAGACAGCAGGUCAUUUGAAGCUCAGGUGUCCUUCCUGUGUCAGACCUCAGCUGCAGUUUUCAUCUUCACUGACGACCCUGAGGGCGACCUCAGUCCUUUCACCAACACAAAAAGAAAAGCAGAGCUGUUCCUGGUCACCAACUCUCAGAGGAAGGAUAUCGUGGAUGAACUCAAAAAGACUUGCAGACAACACAAACUUAAGGAGGACCAUGUGAUUAUGAGAACAAAUCAAAAUGAGUCUGACUUUGUCAAAAUCUUGCGACUUCUAGUAAAGAACAUUGUUGAAAGUAAUGUAGUGAAAACCAACAUGAUUACAUUUACAUCUACAGCUCGACAGAUUGGUAUUCUGGUAGAUGAGGACUCAAGUGGAUGUCAGAAUGCCAAACAAAAUGUUGAAGGAAUCAGUGAGAUGGUGAAGAAUGUUGUGGCUUUUAAAGAGGAGCAGCUACCUUUGCAUGGAACCAUUUGGAAGGAAAUCAGCCAGUUAGAGAAGGAGAGAUACAGAUUAAGGAAAGCUAAUAGAGACCAAGGGAUACAGCAUUACACAAGUGCACUGGAUACACAGGAACAGGAACUAAGAAAACAACAGCAUCAGAGAGAUAUAUCAGAUGCCAUGGCCAAUUUUAUUGCCGGAAUUUCACAAUCAAACAAAGAAAGUCUCUACUUCCUGAAGUGGCUUAAGAUUCAGCUAGACACUGUCAGUAGAAAUAAUCUGUCCACAUUAAGACAGCUGUACAAAGAUUGUUGCAGAAAGAAUCUACAGGACAAUGAGCUGAUUAAAAUGUUAGAUGAGCAGAUCUCCAACUGCUUGUUGGGUCCAGAGCACUUUUUCCGAGAGCUAGGGCAGAUUUAUGAGUGUGCUUGCUCCCUUACACAAGAUAAUCCAGCCAGACAACAAGUCCAGCACCUGCCACGCUUGUGUGCUCAGAUGCUGCUGGAUGGGUUUCCAGUGGAGCUGGUGGAUGGGGAUGCUUCCAACAUACCAAUGAAGUGGAUAUCAGCAGUCUUGACUGAGCUACAUCAGCUGGUGGACAAGAAGAGCAGGAUCCUGGUGUUGACUGUGCUGGGGGUGCAGAGCACUGGGAAGUCCACCCUUCUCAACACCAUGUUUGGGGUACAGUUUGCUGUCAGCAGUGGACGAUGUACCAGAGGAGCGUUCAUGCUGCUGAUUAAGGUCUCUGAGGAACUCAUAUCUGAGCUCAAAUGUGACUUCAUCAUGGUAAUCGACACAGAGGGACUGAUGUCACCUGAGCUGGCAGCACUCGACAUAAGUUCUGAACACGACAACGAACUCGCAACCCUGGUGAUAGGGCUCAGUGACAUCACCAUCAUCAAUGUUGCCAUGGAGAACAGCAUUGAGAUGAAAGAUGUUCUACAGAUUGCAGUUCAUGCCUUUCUGAGGAUGAAGGAGGCUGGGAAGAAGCGAAGAUGUCUGUUCGUACAUCAGAAUGUGUCAGACAUGUCUGCUCAUGACAACAACAAGAGAGAUCGGAAUAAGCUGGUUGACCAGCUCAAUGAGAUGACUUGGGCAGCAGCUACGAUGGAGAAGAAAGCAGCCAACACUAAGUUCACUGAUGUGAUGAAAUAUGAUCCUGACAAAGACAGCUACUACAUCCCUGGACUUUGGCAUGGAACCCCACCAAUGGCCCCUGUGAGUACUGGCUACAGUGAAACUGUGUAUGAGCUCAAGAAGAGUUUGCUUGGCCUCUUACAAUCUGAUGAAAUCAUUUGCAAUGAUGCAGUCAAGUUUCAGAAGUGGACUGAGAGUUUGUGGAAGUCUGUGAAAUUUGAGAACUUCAUCUUCAACUUCAGAAACAGUUUGGUGGCUGAUGCCUACUCAGAUGUAUGCACUGAGUACAACAGCUGGGAGUGGACAUUCCAAACAGAAAUGAACAGCUGGCGUGUUGCCAAGACAACAGUGAUUUCUAAUUGUGGGCUCACCGAGAAGAAUGUCAACAUCAGUGAGUUACAGACUCAAGUCAGGGACAUGUUGCAUGAGGCCUCAGUGAAACUAGAUAAAGAACUGCAGACAAUCAAAGACAAUAUUGAGAAGUACUUUCAGCAAAAGGACAACAAGGUCCACUUAGUGGAGAAAUACAAACAAGAUUUUCAUACCAGUGCCACAACUCUCAGACAGCAGACUUGGCAUUCUGUGAGACAAUGUUUGGAGCAGGCCGUUGAAAUCAGAAAAGGUAUGGAGAAGGUAAACACCAUCAAGGACAAACAACGAAAGACCAUUGAGACAAAGGUCCUAGAGCUCAUUAAACAAUGUCAUGGAAGAGGGACUGACUUAUCUGAGGAUGAUGUUAAGGAAGAAUUUGACAAAAUGUGGAGAGAGGGCAUGUCUGAGCUUUCAAAUGUGGACCUUCAACAGACAGAUGUCCAUCAACAUGCUUUACAUCUAUUGAAGGAAAAUUUAAGAGAAAAGAGUGGGUGUGUUUCUGAAAUACUCAGCCAGGUUGAUCUGAAAACUAGUGGGCAGGGGGAGUUCACAGUUAAGGAAGACUGUGUUGAUAUGGACCAGUUCAUCACCAACCUCACAGACCUCAUCAAGGAUAUGGAAAUCUCUGUAGCUCAGGAGUAUGACAUGCGAGCAAGCCGUACGCACAUCACUGAGAUAAUUGAGCAGCUGGCCCCUAAACCCCAUGAUCUCCUCUUUUCCAGUCUGUGUGGAUGUGGACACCAGUGUCCCUUCUGUAAGACACCAUGUGAAGCAGGAGUUCUGGGCCACACCACACACUUCUCCAACAUGCACAGACCUCGAGCUUUUGGACGUUAUACAUGUCACGAUUCAAAGAAACUCAUUGCAGACAUAUGUACAACUGCUGUCCUCAGUGAUGGCAGAUUUAGUGGCCCAGACACAAAUUGGGACUGGAUCCCAUAUAAAGAGUACAAGGAGACCUAUCCAGACUGGGACAUAGCAGGAGAUGCCAGUAUUGAGGCCUCAGACUACUGGAAAUAUGUGAUGAAGGAGUUCAACAGGGAACUGGCUAACUAUUACAAUGCAGAACCUGCAGACAUCCCAGAUGAGUGGAAGGCGCUUACGAAACAGGAUGCACUGACAAGCCUGAAGAAGGCAUUUAAAAUGUAA